ACGGAGGAGGGCGAUGAUGGCGCUCGCCGCCUGCAUCCUGUCGGAAGGUCUUUAAUAUUUUCCAGAUCCGCGUAAGCGCUCUCGAGGAUGGACGGAAGCUCGUUUCCCGACCAGGACCAGCUCCUGCAAUUCCUGAAGAAGCUGAAGGAAGUGUUCGACGUGUGUGACGAAGAUGCGGACGGUUACAUUCGAGUCGAACAUUUCGUCGACCUCGGUUUACAGUUCGGCAAAGGGAACGAUGAGCUAAAGAAGCUUGUGAAGUACCUGGACCCCAACGCUCAGGGGAGGAUCAACUUCAAAGACUUCUGCCAUGGAGUCUUCGCCAUCAAAGGCUGUGAGGAGAUCCUGAAGACUGCUUUGGGGACACGCAACAUCGCCCCGCCGCCUUACAAGACAGACAAUGGCUACUACUACCAGGACGGUGUGGGGGGGCUCGUCCGGCCGCAGGUCAUGUGCUCCCGGCCGUACCCCGAAUGCCGGCUGUACCCCGAGGAGGAGGGCCCCGCGGGCCGGGACCGGGACUCCCACGAGUCCGACAUGGACAGCGCCCCGGGGUCGGACUCCUCCGACGGCGGGAUGUCCCACGACAAGGACGACGGCCUCGGGGGCUUCUUCCUGCCCCAGGACGGUUCUGGUCACCUGAUCCCCUCUGUGACCUCCAACCUAUCAGCACGCUCCUCGGCCUCCCUGGUGUCCAAUGAGGAGCAGUUUGAGGACUACGGGGAGGGCGAGGACGUGGACUUCAGUCCCAGCAGCCCCUGCCCCGACGAGGAGAUGCGCACCAACGGGUACUCCGACCUGGGCUCCUCCGUGCCCUCCAGUGCGGGCCACACCCCACAGAAGAUGCGGCAGCUGUACAGCUCAGAGCCUCUGGACGUGUACUGCUCCCAGUGCUGCAAGAAGGUCAACCUGCUGAACGACCUGGAGGCGCGGCUGAGGAACCUGAGAGCCAACAGCCCAAGCAGGAAGAUAUCCAGCACUGCCUUUGGAAGGCAGCUGUUCCACCACAGUAACUUCAGCAGCAGUAACGGCAGCACAGAGGAUCUGUUCAGAGACAGCAUCGACUCGUGUGACGUGGACAUCACAGAGAAGGUGACUUACCUGGAGAAGAAGGUGACAGAGCUGGAGAAUGACUCUUUGGUGAGCGGAGACCUGAAGUCCAAACUUAAGCAGGAAAACACACAGCUGGUGCACAGGGUGCAUGAGCUGGAGGAGCAGAUUAAGGAUCAGGAGACGCGGGCAGAGCAGGUGUUGGAGGAGGAGCUGAAGAGGCACAGAGAGGCCUACAGCAAGAUGGAGCGCGACAAGGGCGCGGAGAUCGAGCAGCUCUGCAACAGGGUCCAGCAGCUGGAGGAGGAGAACGGAGAGAUGAAAAUAAACGUGUGCAGGCUGAAGUCUCAAUCAGAGAAGCUGGAUCAGGAUAAGCAGCGUAUGACGGAUAAGCUGGAGGACACCAGCCUGCGUCUGAAGGAUGAGAUGGAUCUGUACAGGAAGAUGAUGGACAGGUUGUGGCAGAACAGACACCAGUUUCAGAAGGAGAGGGAGGCCAUGCAAGAGCUGAUCGAGGACCUGCGCAGGGAGCUGGAGCACCUGCAGCUCUUUAAGCUGGAGACAGAGAACCCCGGCCAGGGCCGCGGCCUCUCUGAGUACAACGCCAAGACCCGCGAGACCGAGCUGGAGCACGAGGUCAAGCGCCUCAAACAGAGCAUUAUUCCCAAGAUAAUCCCCCCAGAAUUCCAGCAGCUGGUGUCCGCAGGGGCGUGGCUCCUGCCCAAUCGGAUGGAGAACCACAAACUGCGGGACCAGAACGACGACCUGAACGGCCAGAUCCUCAGCCUCAGCCUGUACGAGGCCAAGAACCUGUUCGCCACGCAGACCAAGGCCCAGUCGCUGGCCGCGGAGAUCGACAACGCAUCCCGCGAUGAGCUGAUGGACGCGCUGAAGGAACAGGAGGAGAUAAACUUCCGUCUCCGGCAGUACAUGGACAAGAUCAUCCUGGCCAUCCUGGACCACAACCCCUCCAUCCUGGAGAUCAAGCACUAGGACUCCUUAUACACAGCGCCCCCUGCAGCUUGGGGGUGUCAACUGCCCCGGUCAUUCUGUGUUUACAAGAGAAGCUUCAGUAUACUGUAGAAAUCUAUCGAUCACAAUUUAACUUUUAUUCCCUUUUUUUGCAAAAUGUUACAUAUAUAUUUUUUGUUUUGUAACCGUAGUGUAAAAAAAAAAAAAGAUUAGAUAUAACUGGAAAACUAUAAAGAUUAGAAAGUAAUAUAUUUGUGAACAUGGAAUGAAAAUGUGUAUCUUAGUCACGAGUAAAAUGUGAAUACAAUGCAUACUACCUCUGAGUAUGUAGGUACAGUGAUAUGCAGACCUGCGAUGUAUUUAUAAGGGAAAGGCAAUGGAUAACUAUGGGAAUGUACAUGAGAAUCGCUAUGGCUAGCAGUUAUGGCUGACUGUGACUGAGCUGUCAGUCACUGAGAGCUGACCACAGAGAGGGCGGGAGGGAGAGAGUGGGUGGGGCCUGACUGAAAGUCGCUUGGAAAGCCGUUGGGAUGUGUAUUCGUGUGGAGCAGGAGUGCGGGGGCGGAAGCCACGGGUUUGUGGGUACGUCAGGAGGCUUUUUGGGGGGGGGGGCUGGUUCUGUCUCACACCCCCCAAAAAGAGAGGAGUCGCGGUGGAGAAGUGAAGGGGUUUGAUACCCUGCCAGGACAGCAGGGUGAGGCCACUGGCCCUAAAAUGAGGGGUAACAGACCUCCCAGGGCCAGUGUGGGGGCAGGGUUUUGUUCCAACCGUAACAGUUACCCACCUGAUUCUACUAAACAACAACUUAGGGUCUUGACUAGUAGAAUCAGGUGUGCAACUGCUUGUUUGGAAAAAAAUCCUGUACCCACACCGGCCCUUUCUGGGUGAGAUUGAGUACCCCUGGUUUAAAGUGUCUCUGGUACAAGAGACAGGUGGCAGACUCUCCCACAGCAUUAUGGGUAAUGUCACUGACCUGCUCCACGGGGCAAAGACUUGAGGGUCUACCUGUCCGAGUGAGGAACUGGAGAGACGGCCGAUGACAGUUGGCGGUGUGACUCCGGAUCAAAGAGACUGAAGUGUGAACAGGAGUGAAGUGAUUUAAGAUGGCUGGUGCGAGAGACUGUUGUUGAAGAAGGUUCUGCCGGAAGGGGCCAGAGUUCGGGAGCGUAUGUGGGAUAAAUUUGGGAUUAACACUGCCGAUAUAAGGACUAGGGAGACUGAGGAGGCUCGUUGUGCAGGCCCUGUUCCACACGAGAGCCACAGCGCAGAGGGGCCACAAUAAAAAAAAUCAUCCAUUAUUAAUGUUCAAGCACAAUAAUUUUAUUUUUCAUCUGUAAACCACCCGAUGCGAAUGUCUGACGUGAGAGAAAACAUAUGUACGGUACUGUUACAUGUAGUUACACCUGCACAGGAUGAUGGCAUUUUUGGGGGGGGGUGAGGGAUGUUAUUACAGGUUUGUUUUGGGUUUUUAGGAGGGAAAAGCGAGAAAGUGUUCAUUUUUCACAGACUGUUUUCACGGACUGUUACAAUGAGGGGGCGGGGGGGGGGGACCACAGCCCCUGUGGACAGGAAGUGGCUGGUUCGGUGAAGGACAGUGUGACCUCUCAUUCAGUCAUUGGUCAUUCUUAACUUUGACAUAAAAGUAAAUAUGUGUUGUUUCUUCUUGCAGUUUGGGCAAGAUUAUUUCAUCCAUCCAUUAUCUAACCCACUUUUUCCUGGUUGGAGUCGCGGGUGGACUGUAGCCUAUCUGUCCCAGGAUGCACUGGGCACAGAGGCACAUUUCAAACAGUGCGGUUAGAGGUUUGUAGGAAGGGACCCAUCUUAAUUGCCAGGGUCAGAACCAGGUGUCAGCGCUGGUGAGGUAAUGAGACGUGGUUUGGCCGUGGGUCAAGACACAUUUGUUCUAUGGUGUGGGAAAGCUGCGGAAAGUCGGCGCUUGCCGCAGCUCCCCCUGGUGGACAAACACAGGCCGGUGCCGUCGGAGGGUGAACUGAGUUCGGCUUCGCCGUGGAAACGGCACAGCCCCAGCACUCCGGGGAGCUGAUGCAAGCGUUGCACUGUCCGGAUGUGCUGGAACCUGCGUGUUCAGAAAACACACUCGAACCUGAGCCCAAACCCCCAA